CAGGUAAAAAGUUUCCAAUAGCUGCCUAUAUAUAAUAAUAAGCAAAUCACACAAAAGGCAUCUCUUCUCAUUGGGCAGCAUUUCUCUCGAUUUUGAUACACUGUUUUUGUGGAGAAUUGUAUGCAAUUUGAAGAAAUUGAAGCUGAAAAUCCAGGUUGAAAGUCAAGUUUCUUUACAGAGAAUUGUAUCGGAUUUGACGAUACAGAUGCUGUGAAUUCGAGGGUUGAUGGAUAAUAACAACUGGAGACCUACUCAAAGUGGUGGGGAACCAGCUAUGGAUGCUGGCGGGGAUUGGCGGAGUCAGCUGCAAGCUGAUUCCCGUCAACGAAUUGUCACCAAGAUAAUGGACACUUUGAAGAGGCAUCUCCCAUUUUCUGGACAGGAGGGAUUACAAGAGCUCGAGAAAAUUGCUGUGAGAUUUGAAGAGAAAAUUUAUACUGCUGCAACAAGCCAGUCCGAUUAUCUAAGAAAGAUAUCAUUAAAGAUGCUGACCAUGGAAACAAAAAAUCCGAUGCCUAAUGCCAUGCAAUCUAACUCUUCUAAUAAUGGCCAAAAUCCCCCAGAUCCAGGUUCUCAGAACAUGCAAUCUCAGCUGAACAGCCAAGCGCCACCUCUUUCUGUUCCAGUUCAAAGUAAUUUGACCCAGUCAGGUCAAUUACUAACCCAGAACAUUGCCAAUAAUAUUGGCUCUGGUGGAAUGCAAGGAUCUGCUAGUUUGACAUCUUCGUUGCCCCCGGUCGGCAGUUUACCACAGACUAAUAUUCCUAAUGUUGUUAACCAGAAUAACAACAUGCAGAACAUACCAAACAUUUCUGGGGUUGUUCAGAACUCUGUAGGAAGUGCAAUUGGACAGGGUGUUCCUUCAAAUAUGUUCGGCAAUUCCCAGAGGCAGAUGCAGGGGAGGCAACAACAGGGCGUUCCUCAACAGCAACCGCAGCAACAAUCCCAAAGUUCUCAGCAGAGUCUUUAUCAGCAGCAUUUGAAGCAGAAGUUCCAAUCAGGGGCUAUAUCACAAUCCCAGAUGCAAUCUCACCUUCAGCAACUACAGCAGCAACAGCAACAGCAAAAUCUGUUGCAAUCAAAUCAGCUGCAUUCUUCUCAGCAAUCUGUUAUGCAACCUAGUAUGAUGCAGUCUGCUCCACUUUCCAGCCUUCAGCAGAAUCAGCAAUCAUCAGCCCAGCAAUCCACACAAUCUGUUCUCCAGCAACAUCCACAAGCUCUGAGGCAAAGACAGCAACAAGCGUCAAAUAUUCAUCAACAGCAACCAUCAUUGCCACAGCAAGCAAUACUGCCUACACAGCAGCAGCAGCAGCAACAUCUUGUGGGGCAGUCGAACAAUACAAAUAUUCAACAAAAUCAGCUAAUUGGGCAACAAAAUAGCAUACCAGACAUGCAGCAGCAACAACGGUUGAUAGGUCAACAAAAUAAUCUUUCCAAUCAACAGCAACAGCUAAUUGGUUUGCCAAACAACCUUCCACAUAUGCAUCAGCAACAAUUGGGACCUCAAGGCGGUGUUGGUGGGCUUCAGCAGCAGCAACAACAGCACCACCAAUUGCUAGGAGCUCAGUCUGGUACCUCUGUCAUGCCAAAUAAUCAGCACUCUGUACACAUGCUACAACCUAAGGUUCCAAUGCAGCAGUCUCAGCAGAGCAUGUCCAAUUUGUUGCCAAGUCAAGGUCAGCAAUCGCAACAGCAAUCGCAACAGCAGAUGAUGUCAAAUCUGUUGCCAAAUCAAAGUCAAACACAACAGCAGUCACAGCAAAUGAUGUCUCAGAUACAGUCACAGCCAGGACAAUUGCAUAAACAACUAGGUCUGCAACAACAGCCAAAUCCAUUGCAGCGUGAUAUGCAACAAAGGCUCCAGACACCGGGUACUUUGCUUCAGCAGCAGAACCUAAUUGAUCAGAAGCAGGUUUUCCAACCACAAAGAGCCAUGCCGGAGGCAUCGUCAACUUCUCAGGAUUCCACUGCAAAUGGUGGAGAUUGGCAAGAGGAGAUAUAUCAAAAGAUAAAGGCCAUGAAGGAUAUGUAUUUUUUGGAUCUAAAUGAUAUGUACCAGAAAAUUGCUGCUAAAUUGCAUCAGAAUGAGUCUCUUCUACAGCAACAGCCACAUAUGCAGCAAGGAAAGAACCCGCAACUUGAGAAGCUUAAAGCUUUUAAGAGCAUGCUGGAGCGUUUUAUAUCAUUAUUACAAGUUUCCAAGAGCAAUAUACAAAUCGGAUACAAGGAUAAACUGGGCUCAUAUGAAAAGCAGAUUAUGAGCAUUCUUAACUCAAAUAGGCCUCGGAAGCCUAUUCCUCCAAUGCAACAAGGUCAGGCACUUCCCCCCCAACAUAUGCACCCAAUGCAGCAGUCACAGCCACCACAGUCUCAGAUGAAUCAACUGCAACCCCUUGAAAAUCAAAUGAAUUCCCAGAUGCAAUCACUGAAUUUACCAGGUUCAGGGGGGACAAUGCAGCAGAAAUCUAUAGCCAGUUUGCAUCAUAAUCCUUCUUCUCCUGUAUCUGGGCUUCCCAACACACAGCAGAAUAUGAUAAAUUCACUACAGCCAAGUUCUGCUUUAGAUCCAGGACAGAGUAAUUCGAUGAAUUCAAUGCAGCAAGUUGCUAGUGGAUCUCUACAACAAAAUCAUGCGAGUGGUCCGCAACAGGCAAACGCAAACCUAAUGACGUCGCAAAGUGGAAUGAAUUCUUUACAGACAAACCAUAACUCCAUGCAGCCAGGUUCAAAUAUGCUUCAGCAGCAGCAGCAUCUGAAGCAGCAAGAACAGUUGCUGCAGAGCCAGCAAAUGAAGCAAAUGCAACAGCGCCAAAUGCAACAAAUUGCUAUCCAAAAACAGAUAAUGCAACAACAGCAGCAAUUCCAGCAAACAAAGCUGCAGCAGCCAGCACAGAUGCAGUCAAACCAGUCACCACACCUUCAUCAGAUGUCUGAUUCAACUGACUUGAAGAUAAGACAAAUGGGUGCUAAAUCAGGUGCUUUCCAGCAACAGCACUCUGCAAGUCAGCGGUCAGCAUAUCAGCAGUUAAAGCCAGGGAAUCAGUUUCAUAUUUCUUCACCGCAACUGCUGCAACCUGCAUCACCACAGAUUUCUCAGCACGCAUCUCCUCAGAUAGACCAGCAAAAUAUGCUCAGUGCUCUUACGAAAAAUGGUACUCCUCUGCAAUCCGUGAACUCACCUUUUAUUGUGCCUUCUCCUUCAACUCCAUCAGUUCCUUCACCUAUGCCAGGAGAGUCAGAAAAGGUUAAUUCUGGUGUUUCAACAUUGUCCAAUCCUGGCAAUAUUGGACAACACCAAACAGCAGGUUCCUUGGUACCAGCCCAAUCUCUUGCUAUAGGGACUCCUGGGAUAUCAGCUUCACCGUUGUUGGCUGAGUUUACUAGUCCUGAAGGCCAUCAUGCAGUUCCAGCCACAGUUGUACCUGGCAAGUCAAAUGCUACAGAACAGCCUAUUGAACGUUUACUUAAAGUGAUGAAGUCAAUGUCAUCUGAUGCAUUAACUGCUUCUGUUCGUGACAUUGGAUCAGUCGUUAGUAUGAUAGAUAGAGUAGCAGGAUCUGCUCCAGGCAAUGGAUCAAGAGCUGCUGUUGGUGAGGAUUUGGUUGCAAUGACCAAGUGCCGUCUACAGGCAAGAAACUUUAUCUCGCAAGAUGGUACUACUGGGACGAAAAAGAUGAAGCGCUAUACGACUGCUAUGCCUUCAGAUGUUGUAUCUUCUACAGGCAGUAUGACUGAUAGUUUUAAGCCAUUCCAUGGUUCAGAGUUGUCUGACUUGGAGUCGACUGCAACAUCUAUCGCCAAGAAACCAAGAAAUGAGGCUAAUCUUGCACUGUUUGAAGAGAUAAAGGAGAUAAAUCAACGACUGAUAGAUACUGUGGUAGAUAUCAGUGAUGAAGACGUGGAUCCAACUGCGACUGCAACUGCUGCAACUAUAGAAGUAGGUGAAGGCACUAUAGUCAAGUGUUCAUAUAGUGCAGUAGCUCUGAGUCCAAACUUGAAGUCGCAGUAUGCUUCAUCCCAAAUGUCACCAAUUCAGCCAUUGAGAUUGCUCGUUCCCAAAAAUUAUCCAAAUUGUAGCCCAGUACUGUUAGACAAGUUCCCGACUGAAGACAGCAAGGAUUAUGAAGAUCUUUCAAUGAAGGCCAGGUCAAGAUUUAGCACCUCACUCCGAACCCUUUCACAGCCAUUGUCAAUUGGGGAUAUAGCAAAGACAUGGGACAGAUGUGCUCGUGCUGUCAUUUCUGAUUAUGCACAGCAGAGUGGCGGCGGGACCUUUAGCUCAAAGUAUGGAACUUGGGAAGACUGUUUAACUAUAUAAUUAUAUUCUCUCCUGUUAUGUAUUUCUGUAAUUUAGACAAACAUGAUUCAGUCACCAGGGGGACUGCACCUGCCCCCUGUCCAAAUGUUGUAUCAGAAGGAGUUUGAGCCUUCUUGAACAUGAGGCUAGCCAGUGUUAGUGAGUUUGGUCAUCAGCACUGGACCCCCUUGUACACUGUUGUAUCAGGAGGGAGUUCGUGCCUUUGAGGACAACUCGAGGCUAGCCAAUGUUUGUCAGUUGUCAUAAGUUGUUGGAGUUGGGACAUUGCUCCAUAGUUUACAACUUGUUUUGUCGCAAAUUUUAUCAACCCUGCAUAACUUUUAUGAAUUAAAUUCUUAUAAAGACCUUUUUUCAA